AUGGAUGAUCAUCAAACACAUCAUGAUGUUCACAGAUUGGUAUUAUCAUUUGGAAGAGUCGAUCUCCACAAUCGUUCUUGUCGUACUCGUUGGCGAUGGUCUGGUUGUUCCGUAUCAUCUGGUGCAUACGCCAUCGAAAUCCCUAUACUGACGUCAAACUUUGAUUCAUUCAUUGUCUGUGGAUUAUAUUAUGGUGUACUCGGUAGAGAUUUCGCAGAGAUUUGUUCUAUUCGUAUUGCAAAUUUAUUAGGUAUUGGUGGAUCUAGAUUACCAACAACAAAGUUAUCAAAUAAUUAUUGUGCAAUUUGUACAGGAAGUUUAGAUAAUAGUAAACAUAAUUUCUCAAUGGAGUCUACAGCAUCCUAUGGAGAGAGUAUAGCUAUCGAAAACAAAGAAAACAAUAAACCACACAUUCUAGAUGGUGUUAUGAAUUUACUGUUUAGCAAAAAGAGUUGUAAAUUGGCAUGUGAACAUAGUUUCCAUUUAUAUUGUAUAAGAGGAUGGGCUUUAGUUGGAAAGAAUAACGUUUGUCCAAAUUGUAAUGAAAAAGUUGAUAUUAAAUCAUUUUGUGAUAAUCCAUGGGAAAAGAAUUCUUUAAUAUGGGGUGUUCUAUUGGAUUCUACCAGAUAUCUAAUUUCUUGGAAUCCAGUUAUAUUUCUUGGUACCCAAGGUAUCAUUUAUUUAUUCGAUAGAUAG